AUGGAGGUGCUGGAGCGCAGCACCGAGCGCUCGCCGGAGCCCCCACUGCGGGCCCAGCCCAUGCCUUCCCCCGUGCCCAGGACCCGCGGCGCUGCGGCCAUGUCUCUGCCGGGGAGCAGACGCUCGUCCACCGGAUCCCGAAGGCGCCCCUCGCCCCCCGGGAGGGACACCUACGGCACCUCCUCGCUGAGCAGCAGCAGCAAUUCUGGCUCCUGCAAGGGCAGCGACAGCAGCCCCACCCCAAGGCGCUCGGCCAAGUACAACCUCUGCAGCGACAACCACGGGAUAAAGCCGCCGACGCCGGAGCAGUACCUGACGCCCCUCCAGCAGAAGGAGGUCUGCAUCCGGCACCUCAAGGCUCGCCUGAAGGACACGCAGGAGCGGCUGCAGGACAGAGAUGCUGAGAUCGAGGACCUGAAAACGCAGCUGUCGAGGAUGCAGGAGGACUGGAUCGAGGAGGAGUGCCACCGCGUGGAGGCCCAGCUGGCGCUGAAGGAGGCGCGCAAGGAGAUCAAGCAGCUGAAGCAGGUCAUCGACACGGUGAAGAACAACCUGAUGGAGAAGGACAAGGGGCUCCAGAAGUACUUCGUGGACAUCAACAUCCAGAACAAGAAGCUGGAGACGCUGCUGCACAGCAUGGAGAUCGCGCAGAACGGGGCGCUGAAGGAGGAGGGGGCCGGCGAGUCGGCGGGGGGGUCCCCUGCCCGCUCCCUCACCCGCAGCUCCACCUACACCAAGCUGAGCGACCAGGCGGCCGGGGACCGCAAUGUGGGGGGCUCGCAGACCAUCUCGGUGGACGAGGGGGCCGACAGCGGCUUCGCGGGGGCGGACGAGGCUCCCGGCCGCCCGGACUUGCUGGAGGGAGGGGAGCCGUGCGCCCGGCUGCCCCCCAGCUCCACCUACGAGAAGCUGCUGGGGCUGCGGGGCGGCGUGGAGGCGGGCGUGCAGGCCAGCUGCAUGCAGGAGCGGGCCAUCCAGACGGACUUUGCGCACUGCCAGCCCGACCUGGACACCCUCCUGGAGAAGGUGAUCAAGUCCCAGGCUUGCAGCUUAGGCAGCCCCACCUCCGCCUGGGUCUCCGAGUUGGAAGACGCGGCGCCCGGCUGCGAGCCGCCCAACCCCGCCGGGGCCAUGGACCUGGUGGCCGCGGACCCCGAGGCCGUGCCGGCGGAGGCGGGGGCCCCCCACAACAACCCCACCGUGCAGCAGCCCCACGGCGCCGGCCCCUCCGUGGCCAUCACCUGCGCGGCGGCAGCGGAGGAGGAGGCGGCGGAGGCGAGCUGCGACGCCGCCCUGGCCAAGAGCUACUGGAGCCGCCACUUCCUCGUGGAUCUGCUGGCCGUGGUGGUGCCGGCGGUGCCCACGGUGGCCUGGCUGUGCCGCUCGCAGCGCCGGCAGGGCCAGCCCAUCUACAACAUCAGCUCGCUGCUGCGGGGCUGCUGCACCGUGGCCCUGCACUCCAUCCGCAGGAUGGGCUGCCACGCCGUCGGCACCCCGGGGGGCAGCGCCCAGCCCUGA